AUGAAAGCAACCAGUGAAAGCCAAUUGGAAGCUGUUGGAAUGAAAAGUAAACUAAGCACAAGAACCAAACUUAAGAUUGGCUUCUGGAAUGUCUGUACCAUGUACGAGGCAGGAAAGCAUGCUCAAGUAGUCAAAGAGAUGAAGAACAACAAACUACUCAUACUAGGAUUUUGUGGUAACAACAACUUGGUUAUAGGUGGAACAUUUUUCCCACACAGGGAAAUACACAAGCUGACAUGGGCAUCACCCGGAGGAAGAGAUAAAAAUCAAAUAGAUCAUAUUGUUAUUAAUGGUAAAUGGAGACAAUCUCUUCAGGAUCUGAGAGUAAGACAAGGUGCAGAUGUAGGCAGUCAUCACCACCUUGUAACUGCAGAUUUUAAACUUAAGCUGAUGAAAACUGUGCCUAAAUACAGCAGGAAAAGAUUUGGUAACGGCAAACUAAAUGACACCAAAACCAAGCAAGAUUUUAGGUUGGAGCUGAAAAACAGAUUCUAUAUCUUGCAAGGGAAUGAUAAAGAUGAGGAACAGAUAUACUAG